AUGGACGGGCCCACAGUCCCUGCAGAACAAGUUCAGCAUACAUCUGUGGAUGGAUAUACUGAACCACAUAUCCAGCCCACCAAAUCAAGUAGCCGACAGAACAUCCCUCGGUGUAGAAACUCCAUUACGUCCGCGGACGAACAGCCUCACAUUGGAAAUUAUCGUUUACAAAAAACAAUAGGGAAGGGAAAUUUUGCCAAAGUGAAAUUGGCAAGACAUGUUCUAACGGGUAGAGAGGUUGCUGUGAAAAUAAUAGACAAAACUCAGCUAAAUCCUACCAGUCUACAAAAGUUGUUUCGAGAAGUACGAAUAAUGAAGAUAUUAAAUCAUCCUAACAUAGUAAAAUUGUUUGAAGUUAUUGAAACGGAGAAGACCCUCUAUUUAGUCAUGGAGUAUGCGAGUGGGGGUGAAGUAUUUGAUUACUUAGUUGCCCAUGGAAGAAUGAAAGAAAAAGAGGCCCGUGCAAAAUUUAGGCAGAUUGUAUCUGCUGUACAGUAUUGCCAUCAAAAGUGCAUUGUUCACCGUGAUCUUAAGGCUGAAAAUCUUCUCCUUGAUGCUGAUAUGAAUAUUAAAAUUGCUGACUUUGGUUUCAGUAAUGAAUUUACAGUCGGGAACAAAUUAGACACAUUUUGUGGAAGCCCACCCUACGCUGCCCCCGAGCUUUUCCAAGGAAAGAAGUACGACGGGCCUGAAGUGGAUGUGUGGAGCCUCGGCGUCAUUCUCUAUACAUUAGUCAGCGGCUCGUUGCCUUUUGAUGGCCAGAAUUUGAAGGAACUACGGGAGCGAGUCUUACGAGGAAAGUACCGUAUUCCCUUCUAUAUGUCCACCGACUGUGAAAAUCUUCUGAAGAAAUUAUUGGUGCUGAAUCCAAUAAAGAGAGGCAGCUUAGAACAAAUAAUGAAAGAUCGGUGGAUGAACGUCGGUCACGAAGAAGAAGAACUAAAGCCAUAUUCUGAGCCUGAACCAGAUUUCAAUGACACGAAACGGAUAGACAUCAUGGUCACCAUGGGUUUUGCGCGAGAUGAGAUAAAUGACGCCUUAAUAAAUCAGAAAUAUGAUGAAGUUAUGGCUACGUAUAUUCUACUAGGUAGAAAACCACCUGAAUUUGAAGGCGGCGAGUCGUUAUCUAGCGGAAGCUUGUGUCAGAGGUCACGGCCCAGCAGUGACCUGAACAACAGCAGCCUCCAGUCCCCUGCCCACCUGAAGGUCCAGCGAAGCAUCUCAGCAAACCAGAAGCAGCGGCGUUUCAGUGAUCAUGCUGGGCCCUCCAUUCCCCCUGCCGUGUCAUACACCAAGAGGCCUCAGGCUAACAGUGUGGAGAGUGAACAGAAAGACGAGUGGGACAAGGACUUAGCUCGGAAACUUGGCAGCACUACGGUUGGGUCAAAAAGUGAGGUGACUGCAAGUCCUCUUGUGGGGCCGGAAAGGAAAAAGUCUUCAACUAUCCCUAGUAGCAAUGUCUAUCCUGGAGGUAGCAUGGCAAGAAGGAACACGUAUGUGUGUGAAAGGAGUGCAGAUCGAUAUGUGGCGUUGCAGAACGGAAAAGACAGCAGCCUUACGGAGAUGUCCGCAAGUAGCAUAUCUUCUGCAGGCUCGGCUGUGGCUUCUGCUGUCCCCUCGGCUCGACCACGCCACCAGAAGUCUAUGUCCACUUCCGGCCACCCUGUUAAAGUUACACUGCCAACCAUCAAAGACGGCUCUGAAGCUUACCGGCCCGGGGCGACCCAGCGAGCGCCUGCUGCUUCCCCAUCUGCUCACAGUAUUAGUGCCAGCACCCCAGACCGAACCCGCUUCCCCCGGGGGAGCUCCAGCCGCAGUACUUUCCACGGCGAACAGCUCCGGGAGCGACGCAGCGCCGCACACAACGGGCCACCCGCUUCCCCUUCCCACGAGACGGGCGCCUUCGCGCACGCCAGGAGGGGAACGUCAACGGGUAUAAUAAGCAAAAUAACAUCCAAAUUCGUGCGCAGGGAUCCAAGUGAAGGCGAAGCCAGUGGCAGAACAGACACCUCAAGAAGCACGUCAGGGGAACCGAAAGAAAGAGACAAGGAAGAGGGUAAAGAUUCUAAGCCACGUUCUCUGCGGUUCACGUGGAGUAUGAAGACCACUAGUUCCAUGGACCCCAAUGACAUGAUGAGAGAGAUCCGGAAAGUGUUAGAUGCGAAUAACUGUGAUUAUGAACAAAAAGAGAGGUUUUUGCUUUUCUGUGUCCACGGAGACGCGAGGCAGGACAGCCUUGUGCAGUGGGAGAUGGAAGUCUGCAAGUUGCCACGCCUGUCCCUCAACGGGGUCCGCUUCAAGCGGAUAUCUGGGACAUCGAUUGCCUUCAAGAACAUUGCAUCUAAAAUAGCAAACGAGCUUAAGCUGUAA